AGAAUGAAGAGGGUCAGCUUGUGCUUAUGCCGCGGCCACAGAGAAGAGCACUCUGUCCAUGCGCAAGGACCACUUGUUUUACAGUCCUAGGCUAGCUCAACCACGACGUGCCUCUCCGCAAAGCGGCCCGUUUCUUUGUCCCGCCUCUCCUCGCCCCUUUCGCCUCCUACUCCCUUGCUCCUCGCCCGCGCCCCUUUCGCGCCCUCCUCCUCCUCCUUCCUGCAGGGGCGGAGCCGGCAGCGCCUGCGCCCGGCAGCACCUGGCUCAGGUGAGCGCGCCGCGGAGCAGAGCCGUAGCCCAGAUAAUGGCGUUACAUCCACGGAGAGUUCGAUUGAAACCCUGGCUGGUAGCUCAGGUAGACAGUGGUAUGUAUCCUGGUCUCAUAUGGCUUAACAGGGUUGCAAAGCGAUUUCAGAUUCCUUGGAAGCAUGCAACUCGGCACAGCCCUCAACAUGAAGAGGAGAACACAAUUUUUAAGGCCUGGGCUGUGGAAACAGGAAAGUAUCAGGAAGGAGUUGAUGAUCCUGACCCUGCGAAAUGGAAAGCCCAGCUCCGGUGUGCUCUCAAUAAAAGCCGGGAAUUCAACCUGAUGUACGAUGGCACCAAAGAGGUGCCAAUGAAUCCUAUUAAAAUUUAUGAAGUGUGUGACAUUCCACAAUCCCAGGGAGCAAUAAUUAAUCCAGGUUCUACUGGUUCCGCUCCAUGGGAUGAGAAGGAUAAUGAGCUUGAUGAUGAAGAUGAGGAUGAAUUAAACCAGCCUCAAUCUCAUGUAGCUAUUCAGGAUACCUUUCCAUUUCUUAAUAUCAAUGAUUCCCCAAUGGCACCCACCAGUGUGGAGACCUGCAGCCCUGAAGCUGCGUGGCCAAAGAAUGAACCUGAAGACAUUGAGAUGCCUAUGCCACCUCCGGUUAUGCCCCAUGAUAUGUUCAGCUCUCCUGAAGUCUGGAUUAAUUCUCUUCCAAUGACAGACCUUGAAAUCAAGUUUGAGUAUCGAGGCAAAGAGUUUGGGCCAACAAUGACUGUGAGCAAUCCCCAGGGCUGCAGACUUUUCUAUGGAGAACUGGGUCCAAUGCCAGAUCAAGAAGAACUCUUUGGUCCUAUCAAUUUGGAGCAAGUAAAGUUUCCAGGACCGGAACAGAUCACCAAUGAAAAGCAAAAGCUCUUCACAAGCCGUCUGCUUGAUGUCAUGGACAGGGGGCUGAUCCUGGAAGUCAGUGGCCAUGCUAUUUAUGCUAUCAGGCUUUGCCAGUGCAAAGUGUAUUGGUCUGGACCAUGCGCACCUUCUGGCACCACACCAAACUUGAUUGAAAGACAAAAAAAAGUCAAGGUGUUCUGCUUGGAAACAUUCUUGAGUGAACUGAUUGCUCAUCAGAAAGGACAGAUUGCUAAACAACCCCCAUUUGAGAUCUACUUUUGUUUUGGAGAAGAAUGGCCAGAUGGAAAAUCCAAAGACAGGAAACUGAUUGUUGUUCAGGUAAUUCCAGUUGUAGCUCGCAUAAUCUAUGAGAUGUUCUCUGGUGACUUCACCCGCUCCUUUGACAGUGGCAGUGUACGGCUUGAGAUUUCUACCCCUGAUAUCAAGGACAACAUAGUUGCUCAGCUGAAGCAACUCUACCGCCUCUUGCAAAAUCAGAAUGAAGGCUGGCCAAUGCAGCCACCAAGCAUGGAGAUGGCCCCGCCCCUUGCAGCACAGUGAUGACCUGGUUUUACCUAAAUGAGGAAUUAGCUGGAUUAAUGGAUUGUGUGUUUAUAUUUCAAUUAAUUUUAAAUGUCUUUUGAGUAAGUGCAACAGGAAUGUAUUAUGUACAACAUAAUCUGUUUUAAAUUUAUACUUUGCAAAAACUGCUCUGGAUUAAUGCAUGUAAACAAGAACAUUUGUCUUUCUCUUCAAUUAAUGUAAAUAUAUCAAAUGGCAUUUAAUUUGUGCCUUAAUUUGUGUGUUAAAUGUUACACACAGUUUUCUCUGUAUAUGUGAUCAGCGGUCAAGUGCUCUUUUUAAAAAGUAGUUUCACGAGGCUAACAAAAACACUUUCACCCUAGUUUUCUCUUACCCACUAGCUUGAUAACACAAAUUUUUUACAUAAAUUGCAUGUUUCUGUAUAUAUUUUUAAUAUAUAAAAAACCCCAGUGCUGUUGGCACACAUGUGAAAUGUUAGAACGAAUGCAAAACAUUUUUUUAGUGGCCGUAAUUCUAACUGUUCAGUAAAACUGCUUUGCAAAGUAGUAGUAGACUGAGAAGUUAUCUGGAUUUUCCACUGCUAUUUGAUAGUAUUUCAUGUCUGUAUACACUACAGAUGAAUAGUGCAAAAUAAUGACUUAAGUCUUAAAAGGCAUAGUUCUUAUUAAAGUUACUUUACAAUCAGUUGAGCCAGAUCUUACAAUAAAUGAAGUACAGCUAAGGGAUUCGGAUGAUAAUAAAUUGUUAACUGGAAAUCCAAGAAGCUGCUUUUAUUGUAGUUCCACGUUGUAUGCUGCAGCUCAGUACAGCAACUGGUGGCGCCUUCUGUUGGACUAAUCUUUGCUAACCUGGAUUUGUCCAAAAAGUCUCCAUUGUUUGUAAGUAUAUCAGAUUGCUAGAAGAUAGGGAAAAGCACCAAAGCCCUCUGCUUGCUCUGUGCAGGACCUGUUUGACAUAGAUGUAAGAAGACUGUGGAACCUAGGAAAUUUGAAUACUGUUUGAGAUGUAAUAUAGCUGGCUUUAAAUAUGACAGUGCUUUCAAUGCUAAGCUUUGUUCUGAACUGGUUAAAUGGCUGCAUUUUUGCGUGUUUCUUUCCUCUGCUGGAAAAUGCCUUAAAAUGUCCCAUAAUAAAGUUUCUGGUUAACUAUAA